GUUUACUGCCAUCGGUUUACCAUGCAAGUUUCCUUGAUCCUCAGCUGUUUGGCCGUCUUGGCCCUCACUCAUCAAGGCGUUCUCUCGAUGUACGCAGCCCGCAAUGCUAAGAAACCAGUUGGAAAAGCCGCUGUACCAGCCCGAUCAGCCACGACAAAGUCAAGUGAAACGCGUAGCAACAGCGACAGUAUGUGGUGGUCUAGUGCGGCGAUCACGGAUACAACCGACUACAGCUCCAGCGGUCAUCAUCAUCAUCAUACAGUUGCGGAUGGCAAAAACCGACCAUGCCCCGCCCGCAAAAUCAAAGAUUGA